ACUCUUAUACGGAACAUGGCGUCAGUCAAUGAUGAUGGCAUGGAUGCGAGACUGGCACACAUUAAACAAGAGGACUGUGAGUGGGGCACACUGGGUGAUUUGUGUGUCAAGCAGGAGGAUUUUGAAGGAGCGAUUUCAGAUUUUAAAGAGGAGCUGAAGGUGGAGACUGUCAACAUUAAAAUUGAGGACUCUGAAGAUUUCUCAGGUCUUCUUGAACUGGAAAAGCAUGACACUGGCAAUAUUGUCAUGCAAAAUAUUUCUGAACAAUCGCAUAAUGGUUUUCAUCCCUCGCUCACUAAUAUGGGACAAUUGGCUACGCAGCAGAAUUGUGUGGAACUGAAAUUUGAGAUACCAGAGUUUGAGGAGAAAAUCACUGAAGGAAGUGGAAGAGAAGCAGAAGAACUGCAGUCAUCUGGGAAUGUUGGAACAAAUUUACAGGAGGAUGGCAGCUUCUCCCCAUCUUCAUGUGUUCAGCCCUUUCUUCAAGGCAGAGUGCAACAGAAACAGGAAAAGAAAAAGAAACCAACAAGAGGAUCCGAGCAUUUGACAGCAGCCUCUUUGCAGUGCAGUUCUCUUAAUACUGUGAAGCUAACAUCAAUAGCAGCCAUCAAAAUUAACCAAGUCGUUCACAGCACAGACCAAGAGUCCUUGUGUGUGGGCCAAGAGAGCAGAAAAAUAUUUAAAAGCAAAUCUGAUUGUAAAGAUCUCAAGUUGAAUGAUGUGAAACCAUAUUGCUGUUCUGAAUGUGGCAAAAGAUUCCUUUACAAUAGGGACUUCAAAAGACAUACAAUAAUCCAUACUGGUGAAAAGCCAUAUGACUGUUCUGAAUGUGGCAAAAGAUUUAGCGAUGUUAGCAGUCUCCGACAGCACACAAGAAUUCAUACUGGAAUAAAGCCAUAUGGCUGUGCAGAAUGUGGUGUAAAGAAAAGUGAGGAGGACUACAACCCUAAACACCUUCAGCUUCAUCGCUGGGCUUACGCCUCUUCUGCUUCAGAUGUGACAUGA